AUGAGUGAGUUGGAGAUGGACUUGCUGUUUUUACAAGACUUGCCUGUACAUUUACCAAAUGCAAAUCCAAUUGAAAAUGAUAUACAAAAGGGAGAUGGAUCCACUAUUGAUUUAACAGGAACCAAAGAGCAACAAGCGCCAUUAUCCACCGAUGAAAAUAGUCAUUGUAAUGAAGAGAAGACAGAUGCAAAAGUGGAAAAUAAAGAGGAAUUCCAGGAUGAUAAAACUGUUGAAGAAGCGAAGCAAAUUACCGGUUGCACGAAUGAUUUUAAAAAUGCAGUCAAGAUCCCAGGAACAAAUAUUACUUUACAAACAGAAGAGGAUAUUGCCAAGUGGAUUGAAGAGCGGAAAAGAAACUGGCCCUCGGCAGCCAAUCUUGCAAGAAAGAGAUUAGCCGCGGAAACUAAGCUGAAACGAAAUCCGCUGCAACUGAAUGCCAAUCCAAAAACCUUACAAACUGAUAAUCGAAACCACCAGCGACCGCAAAGGAAACGUUCGGCGUCAACGGCCGCAGCAGAAGAACAUGAAGGAGAAGAAGAAGGAGGAGGAGGAGGAGGAGGAGGAGGAGGAGGAGAAGAAGAAGAAGAUGAUAAGGAUGGAAAGGAGGAAAAGGGAGAAUACAAAGAGGAACUGGGGAAAUUGAAAGAGCAACAUCCUAACAAGAAAAAUAAAUCCAUUUGUCGGUUUUACCUGCAGUAUGGAAAAUGCAAAUUUGGCAAUAGAUGUAAAAAUAUACAUGAAGCCGCCACCGAUUUGAACUCCAACUCAAAUUCAAAAUCUAACCCAUACCAAAACCCCAACCCCAACCCCAACCCUGUUGCUAGUAAUCAUAAUAAUAGUGCAACACAUACUAAGCGAACAAUCAACGGGGUAACUGUACUAAUCCCAAAACUAUAUGCAAACAGAACCGAAAACACACGAACAUCAAAAUCAUCAUUAUUCAAGCAUCUUGUUUCGCACAAUCAGAUGCAGCAUGAAAACACAAUAGUUAUCGAUUUUAUCAAAUAUUUAGAUGAAAAAGGUUUGAUAGAUCACGAUAUCAUGAAAUCAAAAUUUUAA